GUCUCCGCAUCAGGACAGUUGAAAGGGGAUGUGGCUGACAUAUACAUGGGCCAUCAUAUCCAUUGACAUCUAUUCCACUCAUUAUUGUCUUUCAUAGUUCGCGCGCCAGUGUCGUAGGGCCCCGGAUCCGAUACACUUUCUUGCCAAUUUCGUUCUAAGUAAACACAGGCUCGCAGCUGAUGAAUUUGCUCUUUCUGGUACAGACCUCCCAAAAACUCCAUUCCCGCCCAUCCGACCCUCCUGACGAAAUUUCGGAUCUCAUCUUACGGAAGGACAGGAGAACAAAAAGCUGCCUGACAUGGAAUGCGGCUCUGUCUUUUCCCCGACUUCUUAAACAGCCCCUGUGCGAACAUGUCCCUCUCUCUAUUGUUCUUACAUGAUGAGCCUGAAGCCUAUCCACUGCUAUUGGCAGGAUCUCUUGCUACCCUUCGCUGAGUGGUCUUAUCGUGGUCUUCGCGACUCUUCGUCCAAACGCAUCCUAGCUCACCCAGGUUCCUCGCGCUCAAUAUACGACGUUUGGCUAGAUUCAACCACAAUCCCUGGUGACUCUAUGGGCCGCCUUUUACCUGGCGCUCAUCGCUCACUCACUAAUAAAAACCUAAAGCUCUCCUUAGAGAUUGCCAGUAAAUGCAUACUCGAAUUCUGUGGGUUGAUAUGGAGUCUGCACCCUUACAGACUGCUUGCCAUGAUUUCCUCUAAUAUCUUCCGCGGUAUUCUUCCUGCCUUUAGAGGUUAUUCUCAGGCAAUGAUCAUUGAUGAGAUACAAUGCCUUUUCUCAUCCGGAGACUUUACGUUGACCCGCCUGUUCCACCUGCUGGCAUUCGAGAUUAUUCGAAUGGGGUCCGAGAGCGUCCUGGACACACUUGCGACAAACAAUGAGCAGACGUUGAACAACUCUAUACGCUUUGUGAUGGAACACAAGCAAAUGGAGCAACGCUUACGCAUGGAUAUUCCAACCAUGGAAGAUCCUGUGACUCGAGACCUAUUCCAGGAAGCAGACCUUUUCGUCCGGUCGUUCAAUGGCAUGUCUAGCUUUGGAUUACUGUCGCCAUUCGACGUGAUUCGCCUGUUGACUUUGUUCUCGGAGCUUGUUUCUCACAUCGUCAUCCUAUAUUCCUUAACACUCAAUGACACCCCUGUGUUGCUCUCGACCAUUUCUAUACUCUCUACGCUCUAUCCGCUCCUCAUCCCAUGGCUAAUUCCCAGUCGAACGUAUUACGAUCAAAAUCAAAAUCCGCGACAAAGUCGGUUGGCAGAAAAACAAGAGCGAAUGCGCUCUUUAGCGCAGAGUGAUUCCUACCGUCCGGAGGUGAUUGUAUUCGGACUGGGUCCUUGGAUACUGCGCAAUUGGGCGGUCGCACGUAGGGCAACGCUCGGGCUUGGACAACCGCAAUCAAGAAGUACAACAGGCCCGUUAUCAGCACUGCUUACGCCCGUGGAUACUACAGGCCUAUUUACAGCUUUGCAAAAUGUCCCAUUGGUACUGGCAUUACAGGCGUCAUCGGUAUCUCUUGGGUCUUUCACGUUGUACCGCAGCUCUCUCCAGAGCCUUGUGUAUACAUCACGCAAUUUCUACAACACCGUUCACAUGGCAUAUCAGAGCAUAUUUUUGUUGGGUGCAUUCACGGCUUCUAUGCAAAUCAAACCUAGCAUGCAACCUAAAUCAGAGAAAGUUCUACCGUAUGUUCACUCACCGAGAGGCAUGAAAAUUGAAGCUAGGAAUAUAUGUUUCACCUAUCCUGGCAGUACAGUGCCUGCCUUAAACAACGUUUCGUUCAGUCUGGAACCAGGUGAAACCCUAGCCGUUGUCGGGUUUAAUGGAUCCGGCAAAUCCACGUUGGCGAAUAUCCUUCUACGUGUGUUUGAAUUCGGGAGCGGCAACUUGUUUGUCAAUGGCUGCGACAUACGCAGAGUUGAGCCUGCAGAAUAUCACGAACACGUUGCAGCCGUUUUUCAGGGCUUCGCCAAGUUUCAUGCUUCUGCGAGAGCGAACAUUGGCGUGGGUUACGUAGCUGACAUACACAAAACCUCAGCAAUAGAGAGAGCUGCAGAACUCGCAGAUGCUAGACAUCUCCUUGAUUCCCUUCCGAAGGGUCUAAAUACAAAUUUGGAAGCGACGCAAGAGGCACGUACACCAUUUGGAAUUACGUCUCAACAUUGUCAAUCCUCCAGUCGCCACGGUUUGUCAGGAGGCGAGUGGCAACGAAUAGCUAUCUCUCGUGCAUUCAUGCGAGCGCGGCGGCCAGAGGUCGAGCUGUUGUUGUUCGAUGAACCCACCUCAUCUCUCGAUGCCCAUGCUCAAAAUCGAGUCUUUGACACAAUCGAAGAACUCUCGACUUCACCCUCAGGUGGUCGAUGCAAGACAGUGAUCUUCAUAACGCACCGCCUUUCCACCGCUCGCCGAGCAGACAAAAUUGCUAUGAUGGAAAAUGGUUCUAUCACUGAAUUCGGAAGUCAUCAAGAGCUGUUGGAACGCAACGGCUCCUACGCCUCAUUAUAUCGAGCUUCGGUAUAAAACGAUUCAACACAUCCUGUGGACAGGUCAAAUUUUGAUUUUUUUCAAGACUGUUCACAUUGUUUUUUGCUCUAUUGUUAUAUUAUGAGUACAUUUGGACCUUAGAUUAGUACGUAGUAGGAUUAGGCUCGUUUAGAGUGGUCGAAAUAUGUCAAGAUUCCAUCUUGAAGCAGUGCGUCUACACCGCUGGCACCCCCAGAAAACACAGUCAGAUCAUCCGGCCUGCCGAAUGCACUGACUAGCAGACC